UUUACUCUGUUAAAGUAUGUACAAUAAUAGUAAAAUUUACUAUUAUUGUACAUACUCGUACUUUAACAGAGUAACAAUAGUUAGUAAGUACUGUAGUUUUUUGUGUAAUUUUAAAAUACUAAAACUUGCAGCACCUGACUGCUGGCUUUGCUUUUACUGCCUUUUUACCUUUACACUGGCUGGCUAGCUAGCGACUACAGAGUGCAAAGACUGCACUUCAGACAUGUCUGCAGUCACUUGCUGGCAAGUUGGCAACUUGCUGCUAUAAAACUAAUGCAGCAAUUAAAAGAGCUCUUAUUACUGUGUAGUGUGUACGUUUCUCCAGAUAGUUAAACUGAUAUUUUCUGCCUCACAGUUUCUUCGACCUAAGCGGAGUUUAUUGAUUGCAGGAUUAGACAUAUUCACAGAUUUUGCAGCACUUUCCAGGCAUGAUUAUCGAUGUGGAAGUGGAUUAAAUCCGCGCUAGGAUAUGUGAGCGCGCACAGUUCGCGUAUUUCGGAGGCGCCACUUCGUCGGACAUCGGAUCCAUUCGCUCCUUUGAAUUCUUCCCGAAGUGGACCAACGAUGAAUCCACCGACGACACAUUCAGCAGCGACGGUGCCUGUUGUGGUUGGCGCAGAUUCGCAGGAUGCAGUGUACGCGAGUCCUUCCUCGACCAGCCAGUACGAGGUUGUUCACUUGGGUCCGCCUCCACAGGUGGAGCCGGAUAAGAAAAUAAAGCCGAAGAAAGGAGCGCGGAAGGUGCAGCUGAAACCCGGACAUUCCUUGGCGCACUGGGUCGAGCGAAUGAAAUCGGGGGAGGAUAUGACGGGAGGUGCUGGCAAUUCACAGACGCGUCUGAUUACCCCGGAAGAAAUGGCGAGGCAUCGUACUGCGGGUGAUGCAUGGAUGGCCAUCAGAGGAAAAGUGUACAAUAUCACGAAAUAUCUGGAUUAUCAUCCUGGUGGGAUCGAUAUCCUGAUGGAUGAAGCCGGCAAAGAAGCGACGAAGCUAUUUGAUGAAAAUCAUCGCUGGGUGAACAUUGAACGGCUAUUGGGACCGUGUCAAGUUGGUGUUUUAAAAACGUUGUCCCUAGCGAUAUAGUGUUUUCUGGCUUUCCUUCCUUGAGGAUUUUUUAGCUCGGUGACUGACAUUGACAAAAGUUUCAUGAUUGUAUUCCCAAAACGUGGCACAAAAUUAUGGGUUUGAACUGAUUUGAUAUCAAUUUCUGAGCGGUUGCUACCAAAAGGUGCAAUGAUAACUUCCAGCUGAAGUUAAAAAUAAACUUCAUUUGCUCGAGAACUUGAUAAAAGAGUGUGCUUACUGCAUUUUGCUGUUUUGUGGUUCUAUUACAGCCCUGCUACGCCAAGUUCGGACAGUAACAAAUAUUUCUCAUAUACGACCAUUAAUAUCUAAACUUCUUAUUUAUUUUUUUUAUGAUAGAUUACAAUCAACAGCAACUUUUUAAAUUAUGUUUCUAUGCAAGAAGCUACCAUGCCGGGACUGGGAGCAAAAGUUUUACUUGGACUUUUUUCAAAAAAAACGCACUG